AUGAUCUUCAAGGGUAAGAGGCGGAACUUGUACCCCCGUUCACGGGCGUACGAACCCGCUCUUGCCAUUGGAGGUCAGGCCAUCGCCACUCGCGACAGCAUUAAGUAUCUCGGCGUUGUCUUCCAGGAAAGGUUCACCUUUGUUAGACACAUUGAUUAUCUACUCAACAAGGUCAAAGGGGUCUUCUUCUCCUACCUGAGGGUCUUUAGAACCUCAGGGGGUCUCAGUAGGCGUGUGAAGCUGCUGAUCUAUAAACAGAUCAUCAGGCCUAUCACCGCCUACGCCUUUCCGAAAAAUAUAAGUGCGAUCAAGUCUGACGCAGCCGUUGUUGAAGCCACCGCAUCUCCAGUCGCCUCUGUUGAGAAAAAGGCACCUAAGAAAGCCGCUGCCAAGGCAAAGAAACCCUUUGCUGCCCCAAGCCAUCCACCAAACCAACAAAUGGUCGAUGCUGCCAUCAAAACAUUGAAAGAACGUGGUGGUUCCUCAUUGCCUGUCAUCAAGAAAUACUUGGCCAGCACAUACAAAGUUGAUGCUGUAAAAUUGGCCCCAUUCAUCAAGAAGUACUUGAAGAGCGCUGUUGCUAGUGGAAAAUUGAUCCAAACUAAAGGUAAGGGUGCCUCCGGUUCAUUCAAAUUGUCCCCAUCUGCCUCGAAGGAACCUAAAGCAAAGAGCGCCGAAAAGAAGAAGAAGGCCCCAGCCGGUGAUAAGAAAAAGAAGGCAGCAGCACCCAAAAAGGCAGCCGGUGAAAAGAAAGCCGCUGCAAAGAAGCCUUCCGCUGCUAAAAAGACCGCCGAGAAGAAGAAGACCGAAAAGGCCAAGGCUAAAACUUCCAAAAAGACAGGUACAGUUAAAGCUAAACCCGCAAAAACUGCCGCCAAAGCAUCAGCCACUAAACCAAAGUCACCCAAGGCAAAAACCACCGCUGCCAAGCCC